ACUUCCGGCCCCGCCUCCCGUGGGAAGGUGGCCUUUGAAAUUCCCAGGCUCCGGUUCAGAAGGCGAAGGACUCUCCUGGAGGGAAGUCAGGUGAGAGAGGAGGAGAGAAAAAAGAGAAACGAAACUGUUUACGUAUUCCUGAGACCACCUAAAUUGCCACUGGCCCGCUAGUUUCUUUGCUUCUGGAGUACCAUAGCUGGGCCCUGAGAAAGAAGAAAUGGAAUCAAGAGAUACUUCAUUUGCAAGACAAGAGAAAAGGACAACAAGAGAAGAGCAAAACAUAGCAGGAUCUGAGGCAGUGAAAGAAGAGAUAAGGGUCCCUAACGACCUCCCCAUGGAGAGCAUCCGGGACUUUUGGGAAAGAGCCGUCCCAGAGGACUUGACCCGGGAACCACGUAAAGGCCUGCAACAGCGAUGGGAGUCUCAGCUUCAAGAAUUUCUCAAAGCCCUCGAGUCUCCUCAUGCGGAAGGGCGCAGCCCACAGCUCCUGGGACCCCGACCAAGGAACCACGCUCGGCCCAUCAUGACCCCCUUCAAAGGGACCACCAACUCCAGCUUGCAGCUUAAAGCAGAGAGGGUUUCCCAGCAUAUGCCCAGCUCAAGUAGAGGUAGCCUCCAAGCUGUGGCCAAAAGCAAGGCAGAAGAUUCAAAAGCCAAGUGCUUGGUCCUAGGACAGGCGGCCAGCAAUCUGCAUGAAGAAUGCCGGCUGUUCAGGCGGUUUGGCUACCAGGAAACUGAUGGGCCUCGUGAGGCCUGCCGGCAUCUCCGGAAGCUCUGCCACCAGUGGCUGAAACCCGAGAGCCACACCAAGGAGCAGAUCGUGGAGCUGGUGAUCCUGGAGCAGUUCCUGGCUGUCCUGCCCUCGGAGAUGAAGAGCUGGGUCCGGGAAUGUAGCCCCCAGACCUGUACCCAAGCUGUGAUCCUGGCUGAAGAUUUCCUACUGAGGCAGCAAGAGAAUCAGAUGCAGAAAGAUGAGACAAUUAGCCCAUUUGAGGAGGAGGAGGAUAACUUGAUGGAGGAGGCUGCCUUGGACACUUGGAAGAGGCCACAUUUUAAGCAAGAGGAUCAGAGGGACAUUGACCAGUUGGCUGACAAGAAACAGUAUAGGCCAGAGAAGAACAACCCAGGAAAUUCUGCUGAGCCAGAUUCCCGUUGGAUGUUGUCAGGGAGAGUAGAGCAGAACAUCCUCCCCUAUGCCAAUAGAGAGGAGAUUUCUGAGAUCCUGUAUGGAAGCUGCCUUGAGAGAGAAAGUGGGAAAUUCAUUAAUUCCCAGGGUGCAUAUGAGGACCUGGACGAAAGCAUCCUGCACCAGGCAAUGCUCCCUAGUGGCGAGAGGGACAAUGCUUGCCACAUGUGCGGAAAAGUCUUCCGUCGCCGGUCCAACCUUAUCGCGCACGAGAGAACCCACUCUGGCGAGAGGUGGUACAACUGCUCAGACUGCGGGAAAUGCUUUGUCAGCCGCGCUGCCUUCCUCAUCCACCAAAGGGUGCACACCGGCGAGAAGCCCUACAAGUGCUCUUACUGCGGGAAGGGCUUCAACACCGGGUCCAGCCUCACUCGGCAUAAGAGGAUCCACACGGGCGAGAAGCCCUACGAGUGCCCGGCCUGCGGGAAGCGCUUCAACGAUUACUCCAACUUCAUUGUCCACAAGAGGAUCCACACGGGCGAGAAGCCGUACGAGUGCUCCAUCUGUGGAAAGCGGUUCAGCGACAACUCAAACUUCAUCAAGCACCAUCACUGAGAGGCCACAGGGCCUUGUUUUGUUUGUUUUGAAGGAAAACAAGAAAGUGGGGUUAAAAUGCCUAUAACCUAACCUCCUAGGGCAUUAUAGAAGUAUCACCUGCUGAGAUGGGGAUUCUGUGUGAGGGUCAUGGCAAAACUAAGUUCCCCGCAGUUUCUUUUGCCUUGGCAAGCAAGUGUGUUUUUUUCCCAGAGACCUGAUCCAAAGAGGCAGAAGGGAGGUAGUGGGUAGAGUUCUUCCAAUCCAACUUCUGUUAAAGUAGCCUGCUUAUAAUAAUUUUUCUCCUCUUCAUAUAAACACAGAGACACUGAAACUCUGUUCAUUUCUUAUAGUGUUGUCUGUUAGACUUACAGCCUCUUAACUCUUUUCUGGUCACAUUUGCACGAAUCCUUCCACAUUUCCUGGGGGUACAAAACUCCUGCAAAAUUGAGAAAAUCAAACUUUUAAAAACUUUUUAGGAAACUUGUGUCCUUCAGCACAACCCCUGCCAGAUGUUGCCCAUGGAAUCACACUGGAGGACCUACAAAUUCUAGAGAAGUAGUCUCUCUACACAUCUAGAUUGUACAGUGCAAAUAUGUGGCAGAAGUUGACAUGUUGGAGGACCUAGGGAUUCCUAGAAAGGGUGUAUUAGUCAAAGUGUAACCUACAAACGUGGAGAGCUAGCUAUACCAUCCUGAUUGUAAAUGUCUCCACUUUAAAAUCCAGUCCACUACAUAAAGGGAUGAAUUUUUCUGGUGCUGGAGAGCACGGUACAGAGAUAUUACUUUCUCCUCCUGCCAACAAUCAAUGGUGUGUAAAGUAGUUGUGACAAGGACUUUUAGGGGACUCUACUACUGCUCUUUGCUGUGUAAUCUGUCUUUCAACUGAAGCUUUUAAUCUACAGGAAGAGAAAUUCACCUAAAAUUCGGCAGAACUUUCUGAUAACAAGAGUUGUUCAACACUGGGAUAUGCUGCCUGGGAGUGUGGCGGAGUCUCCUUCUAUGGAAACUUCUAAACCAGUGGUUCUCAACCUGUGGGUCCCCAGGUAUUUUGGCCUACAAUUCCCAGAAAUCCCAGCCAGUUUACCAGUGGUUAGGAUUUCUGGGAGUUGAAGGCCAAAGUAUUUGGGGACCCACAGGUUGAGAACCACUGUAAUCUAAACAGAGUUAGGAUGACCAUUUGUUGUGCAUACUUCGAUUGUUUUGAAUAGGACAGAAAUAUCAGCCCUACUGUAUCCUCCCAGGUGGGACACAAAGAUAGGUUGAGCCUUGAAACUGAGCAGGAAGGCAGACAGACAACAAACAAAGUAUUUGCAGAUUGUAUUAAUACUCACUAGGAAUUUCUAGGUCAAUGGAUCUCAACCGGUGGGUCCACAAAUGUUUUGGCCUUCAACUCCCAGAAAUCCUAACAACUGGUAAACUGGCUGGGAUUUCUGCGAGUUGUAGGCCAAAACACUUGGGGACCCACAGGUUGAAAACCACUGGUCUAGGUCUUCCAGUGUGGCUCUGCCAGAUGUUGACCAUAGAAUUGUGCUGGAGGAAACUUCUCAGGAUAUUUGAAUGUCCUCCCAGCAUAAUUCUGUGAUCAAAACCUGUUGGAGGUUGACCACAGAGUCACGCUGGAGGAUCUAGAGAUGACUCAAGGUUUUUCAUGGAGGAGGAAAGCUUUUUUAGCAUUUGUGCUUCUUCCACUUUUGUGGGAGUUCUGUGCCCAAACUUUUAUGAAUGAGCAGUAUAUACUGCACAACUCAAGCACUCCUGUGAAAUGCCCAUAUAGCCUUUGUUUAAAGACCUCCAACAGAGAGUAUCGUCCUCUGAAGCGAUCCAAUUAUCUGUUACCACUGUUUCUGUCAAGAUGGUCUUCCUUGAGUUUUAGUGGAAUCCCUUGUCCUGUGAAUCCAUUGGUUCAUGUUCUGGUCCAUGGAGCACCAGAAAACAAGCUUGCUCCAUCUUCUAUGUAACUUCCCAUUGGAUAUUUAAAGAUGACCACACUAUCACUUCUCAAUUUUCUCUUCUCUCAGUUAUGCCUGUCCCCAUAAGACUUGGGUUACCGAUCAUAAUAGUGACCUCUGCCUUUAUUUUGAUCUUACUGGGCCAAUUAGCUUUCCAUAGAAUAACACUGGAGGAGCUAGAAAAACCCACAAUCUUCCAGAAGUUGUGGGUUUUUGGGGGAUUUUUUUGGAGUUUGCUUAAGUGAAGUUGUGAAUAUUGAAACUGAGGAUAAUGGAGUUGUCCUGCACUAUCCGAAGGUCAAAACUGCCUGUCUGUUGUUACAAUCUUUUCAAAUCAAAUGCCUUCCAGAGUAGUGAUUGUAGCAUAAUGGGGUUUGUAGUCCAACAGAUAUAGCAUGCAUGAGAGUGGGGAAAGUUGCAAUACAUGCCUUAAAUACAUGUGUCAAACCCAAGGCCCGCAGGCCAAAUCCAGCCCUCCAUAUCAUUGCAUGUAGCCCUCCAGAUGCUGGAUUACAACUCCUGUAUUCCUUAUCAUUUGACAUUGUGGCUCGAGCUGAUAGGAGUUAGGCUACAGUAACAUCUGAAGGGAUGCAGUGUGUUUUAUUUAGUCAGGACAGUGGAGUUAAACUUUAGAUGCAAAGCUUAUGGAGAUGAUGUCUAACUUCACAAUGUUCUUUAAUGUUUCCUCAACCUCAAGAGUCAUAAGUGCUGUUGGGUUGCCAUUCUGUUUAUCUUAGCAAAACUUGAGUAAGGCGAUGUGAAGUCAGAUCAAUAAGAUGGGCAAUGGUCAACCUCUCUAUGAGUGGAUGCUCUGGUCUUAUAGAAGCCAUGAAUCUGUGGGUUUCUAAUUCAAAUGCCCACUGGCCCCAGGUAGCAUAACCAGUUGUGAAUGAUAAUGAGAUUUCUGUUCCAGACACACCAAGAGGACUACGUAGUUUUCCCAUUUUGCUAUUCACUUUUAUUUCUCACAAUAGGAUUUAGGGGAAACACUUAAAGCUGGGGUGGAAAAUGUGACUCCGGGUGCAUUUAUGCUGUAGAAUUAAUGCAGUUUAACACCACAUUAACUGCCAUGGCUCCAUGCUAGGGGAUCAUGAGAGUUGUUAGAUGCGGUGCCAGCACUCUGGCAGAAAAGGCAAAAGGCCUUGUCAAAACUAUACCUCCCAUAGCACUGAGCCAUGACAGUUCAAGUGGUGUCAAACUACAUUAAUUCUACAGUGUAGACACAUCUUUAGAGGUCAUAUUGUUUUUGUGUCUCCACCUCUACCCCUCAAAUUCCAAAAAGGAAAGCUUGAUUUUGGUUUUUUAUAUAAGGGAUGCUAUUUUACUGCACUGUUGCUCAUUGUGGGAUUUGAGCAUUCACAGAUUUAAGUAUCCAUAGGGGCCCUGGAAGCAAAUCCUAGUGAAUUUAAAUGAUCCACUGUACUUCCAAACAUGUUUUUCAGGAUGGAGAUACGUUUUGUCACAUGUUGGGGAAGCAAAUCCUAGUGAAUUUAAAAGAUCCACUGUACUUCUCAACAUGUUUUUCAGGAUGGAGAUACGUUUUGUCACAUUUUGGGGACUCUUGGGCCAUUGAAGAUUGAGAAAUGGCUAUUUUUUAAACAAAUUAAGUCCUUUCCUAGCGCUAAAAUUAUCAGGAGGUCCAAAAUCAAGACCCCCUUCACACCUUCCAAAAUAUAUCUAAGGUUAAAGGCAACCCACUUCUGUGUUUGUUGAAUUUCUUUGACUACUCAACUCCUCUUUCUAAUAUAGUUUUCACAUCUAAGCUAAACCUGUAGUAGCUCUCCCCAUAAAAUAACUUGAUCUUCCUUGGAUGUUUUGGUUGUUUGUGACAUGGUUGUUCUGAUCCUUCAAAACAAUAUUGUUUUACUGAUUGUUAAUUCACAAGCAAUACUUUAACCAAGUCUUAAGCUUCAGGGCAAAUAUGUCCCACCUUUUGGGCAGCAAUAAAGAAACGGAACGAGUGGGAAUUUA